GUACCCAGAUGGCGCUUUUGAAUCACGAUACCCACUCCACAUUGAGGAAUGCCAGGGUCAAGGUUGCUUGGGUCGCUUGCGCCAGCAUCUACUGGAGGACCGGCUGGCCGGUGGUGGGGGUGAGAAUCUCAUGCACGCACCGUCGUGGGGACGAGCUCGUCGUUCGCUCGUCCAGGAGCUCUUCCUGGACCUCUUCGACCUCGGAGUGAGGUUGUUAGAGGCGGACCCUACGGAGGAUGAUGUCUUGGAGCUGCAACAGCUGUGGCAGGUGUUUGCCAACUCCUUUGGUAUUUCGCCGCCUGACCUGGCAGAUGUCUUGGAUGGCGGUCGGGUUCCAGAUUUUCUUCGAGCUGAAGAGGUCUUGGACGUGGUGCUCCUGGUCUCAGUCACUUUGUUGCUGAACUUUCACAUCGUGCAGCUGGAACAUAACGGACGCAUCGUGGGGCGAAAUUUGGUUCAGGAGAUGUAUGGAGAUGCCAGCAGUUUGCAAGUCGUCUUCCAUGAGAUCCCUGGAAAGCGAUGGGACGCUUUGACACACUUGUUGGAUUUGCUGGGAGUUUCGGAGCAUGCGGUUCAAAUGGCCGAAGUGGGAGUGGAGGCGGCCAACACCAGCCAGCGGCUGUUGGAGCGCAAUCCCUUUCUGUCGUACAUAGGUGUCGACCCGUACUUCAAGAACGAUCGCCUUUAUGCAGAUGUUCUCCAACGCUUGUCUUUCUUCAUCGAUGCAGGUCGUUUUACUCUGCACCGCAACACAUCUCUGAAUGCUUCUCUGCAAGUCGCAGAUGAAUCCCUGGACAUUGUCUUUCUUGAUGCUCGCCAUGACUAUGAGGCCGUUCUAGACGAUGUGGCAGCUUGGAAGCCAAAGGCUAUGGCGGUUUUCAAAGAGACCUUCAAUGCUCCAGACAGGACCAUGCACCUGGCGCCAGAUGGUGUUUGGUGGGAUUCCUAG